GGGUACGUUAACGCACCUUUAACCACGUUGAAGGACAGCUAUAUUUACUGACGUAUGCAAAUGAAGUAAGGGGUGGCGCUUUGGCCGAAAACACACACACACGUACGGCAGUGGAAUCAGUUUGCUGUUCGGCUCUUGCGUGGAAGGGAAGAGAAAAGCGAAAAAAGCGAGACGUGGCGGCGAGUCCGUUUUGGGGAAAAGCCGUAUGCCUCCGAGUCCUCUCCCCGCGUGUCGUUUUGCGGAUUCCCACGUCUAUGGUUGGCUUUUGUAGAAGUUCGAGUCGGUAGUUUUCCCCCCCUACUUUCGUAAAUUCUUCUCAAUGGGUGAUCACGCGUUCGCUUUGCAGUCGCCCGGUCCGUCCAACGUCAUCUCGCUGUCGGACUUGUCCCAGUUGAUCAGAUUUUACAGCAGCAGCAGCAGCAGCAGCAGAAACCCCGCGUAUGAUCUCGUGAAUAACAACAUUAACUCCUCGUAUCUCUCUCAUCCAGCUCGACAAACCAUGCAGGAUGAUUUAUUGAUGGAUAAAACUCACCAUCAGCAGCAGCAGCAGCAGCAGCAAGACCAGACGGACCCUGCUCCCUCCACCCCGACCCCUUCCCUGGAGCCGACCUCUUCCUCUGCGUCCUCGUCUGACGCGGAGUCGACCGGCGGUGGGAAAGAGAAAUCGCCCAUGGAGUCGCCUCUCCUCCCCGGCUUGGGCUUCCCGCACCAGCCGCUCCAAACGCAGGACACCGGCGGAUCCCUGUCCUCCCCGAACUCCUCAUUCGGGAGCCCGUGGUCCACUGGAAGCGCCGUGGAGGACAGCUACUUCCCGGGCAUGCCCUCUGUGAACGGGAACUUGCUUUUCCAGAAUUUCCCUCACGUCAAUCCGGUGUUCGGGGGGAAUUUUACGCAGAUCGGCUUGGCUCCGCAGUCCCAGCAGCAGCAGCAGCAGCAGCAGCAGCAGAGGCGGUCCCCGGUGAGUCCGAAUCCGGGCUUCCCACAGAGAAACGUGUCCUACCACAGCGUCUCCAAAGGCUCGUGCUCGUCGUCGUCUUCGUCCUCGUCGUCCUCGGGCUCGUCUUGGAAUAACAACCACCAGAACUGGAGCGCCACGCCGUCCAACCCCUGGAGCGGGAUGCAGCACGGCAGGGACCCGAGGAGGGCGGUGGGGGUCGGGGUCGGGGUCGGGAUGGGAGUCGGGGUGGGAGGGAUGCCGUCGCCCCUCAACCCGAUUUCGCCCAUGAAAAAACCCUACGGCACCGGGAGCGUCAUCGCGCCCCCGAAGUUCCCCAGACCCCUCGGACCCAAGACGUGCUGGAUGGACGAGUUCAGAGCGGACAGCAACAACAUCCUGCCGUUUCAGGAUCGUAAUCGUCCGUUUGACGCCUUCAGUUUACACUCUCUGGGGAACUCGCUCAUGGACAUGAUCAGGACCGACCACGAGAAAGGACGAUUGGGGCUAAACUUCCACCAUCCUGGAGAACACAUCAUGCCUCUCAACAGUCGCUCCUGUCUGUUCCCUUUCGAGGACGGUUUCCUCGACGACGGGCACGGCGACCCCUCGUUGACCCCGGGGAUGACCUCUCCGAACCGCUGUCCGAGCGGAGAGAGGCUCGAGCGCUUCUCCAGGAAAGUGUUCGUGGGAGGACUGCCCCCAGACAUCGACGAAGAUGAGAUCACAAACAGUUUCCGUCGGUUCGGACACUUGGUGGUGGACUGGCCGCACAAAGCUGAGAGCAAAUCCUACUUCCCUCCAAAAGGUUACGCCUUCCUGCUGUUCCAGGAGGAGAGCUCGGUUCAGGCUCUGAUCGACUCGUGCAUCGAAGAAGAAAACAAACUGUACCUGUGUGUGUCCAGCCCCACCAUCAAAGACAAACCGGUCCAGAUCCGCCCGUGGAACCUGAGCGACAGUGACUUUGUGAUGGACGGAUCUCAGCCUCUGGACCCCAGGAAAACCAUCUUUGUGGGAGGAGUUCCACGGCCGCUCCGAGCAGUGGAGUUGGCGAUGAUCAUGGACCGUCUGUACGGAGGCGUUUGUUACGCGGGCAUCGACACCGACCCGGAGCUCAAGUACCCGAAGGGGGCGGGGCGAGUGGCCUUUUCAAACCAGCAGAGCUACAUCGCUGCCAUCAGUGCCCGCUUUGUGCAACUGCAGCACAACGACAUCGACAAGAGGGUGGAGGUGAAGCCCUAUGUCCUGGACGAUCAGAUGUGCGACGAGUGCCAGGGCGCUCGCUGUGGGGGCAAGUUCGCUCCGUUCUUCUGCGCCAACGUCACCUGUCUCCAAUACUACUGCGAAAACUGCUGGGCCUCCAUCCACUCGCGGGCCGGCCGGGAGUUCCACAAGCCCCUGGUCAAAGAGGGCGGGGACCGGCCCAGACACGUGUCCUUCAGGUGGAGCUGAGGGUCCCGACGUCCUGCCCCGACACCCCCCCCUUCCCACCUGUACACUGCAAAAUAUAACAGCUACACAAGAGCGUUGGACUCAGAAUCUUGAGUUGAGUUUAUAGUUUCGACAUUAUUUACACUGCAACGUCAAAAAAUCGAGUUAACGUGGCUUGGAUUCAGAAUCUUGAGUUGAGAAGUUUUGAUUUAGUUGGAAUAACUCAAAGAUUUCAUUUAGCUUUACACUGCAAAAACAUGAAAUCUACAAACCUAAGAGUAUAAAAGCGCUGGAUUUACAAUCUUGAGUUGAGUUGAGUUAACUUAAUAAUUUUAUUUACACUGCAACAUAAAAAAAAUCUAGUUAAAAUGACUUGGAUUCAUAUUCUUGAGUUGAGAAGUUUUGAUUUAUUUGGAUAAACAUGAAAUCUAUAAACCUAUAAAAAACAUUGGAAUAUUGAGUUGAGUUAACUUAAACAUUUUAAAAUUAUUUACACUGUACAAACGUGAAGAAUCUAGUUAAAAUGGCUUGAAUUCAGAUUUGUGAGUUGAGAAGUUUUUAUUAAUUUUGAACUCAAUCAUUUCAAUAAUCUUUCAAAAAAAAAAAUCAAUUAAUCUACCAGAGUGAAAAUCUAAUAGUGACAUGAACUUUUUUGAUUAAUUCAAUAGUUUCAAACUUAUACACUGCAAAAACACAAAGAUUUAGUUGGAAUGGGUUGGAUUCAGACUUUUGGGUUGAAAGGUUUUGAUUCAUUUAGAGAAACUCAGUAGUUUUUAAAUAAUUUACACUAUGAAAAUCUUGAAAUCUUGUUGAAAUUGUAUUCCGAAUUUUGGAUCACACUGCAAAAAACAAAAUCUAGUCAAGUUAAGAUGACAUGAAUUAAAGUUUUAUCAUGAUUUGAGUAAAUUUCACGUGAUCUGCCAGUGGAAGAAAACAUCUUGCUACACUUAAAAUAAGAAAAAACAACUUUUAGGACUUAAAAUAAGAAACAAAAUCAAAUGUUGCUUGAAUUAAAAAAAAAAAAAACAACAAUUUAUCCCUCUGGCAGAUAAUUUUACUUUUCAAGUUGAAUCGACUGAAAUAAAGUAAAACAUAUUAAGAUAUUGUAAGAUAUUGUUUUUUUCCAGUGUAGUUUUGAUUCAGAAUAACUCAAUAAUACUUUCAGAACUAUUUAACUCAGAAUCUUGAGUUGAAUAGUUUUAAUUCAUUUAGAUCAACUCAACAGUUUUCAGCAUUAAUUAAUAUUUCAAUUUACACUGCAAAAACAUGAAACUUUACAGAAUUUUAUUUAUUUUAUUUUUUUUUACAGAAUUUUUUCAUUUUGAUUGACUUAAACAACUUUAUUUUGAUUUUAUUUAGACUGCACUAAGGAAAUGUCCACAAUGGUUAAAUUACACCCUCAGCCAGCUAAACAUUUUUAUUUUAGGACAAGAGUUUAGUGUCAAAUCCAGCCAUAACAAUUGAUAAUAAAUAUAAACUAAAUCAAAACAAACUUAAGAUUCUGAAUUCAAGCGGUUUGCAGUGUAACAUCUCUUCGCUUUAACUCAUGAAUCCACUUAUUCUCCAAAGUCUAACUCAUUUAAUCUGAGUCCAAGGAGCUCACGGUCUAAAACUCCCCUAAAAACAAAACAAAAAAACUAAAAUUGGGAGUAAAAAGAAUCUGUGUGUCAUUCGUUCAUUUGUUUUUCAAUAUAAAACCGAAAAUAAGAAAAUGAAAAUACAACAAUUUUCUUCAUU